AUUCAAUUUGAUACUAUGGUUGCCAGGCGAUUCGCGGGUAAAUUUCUUAAUAGCAGUCAGUUGCUAGGCAACCAAUCGGCAUUGUAAUAUCGGUUAUUUUGUCGAACAGCGUUGCCGUGGGCAGCCGUGGGUUUUUGACUCUUGCGUCCUAGCCAUAAGCCGCCCAGUGUUUUUAUAUACCUUGAAGCCGCCUUGCCAUAAGCGAUAAGUAUUCAGUAAAGGUUGUAAAAUUUAAAGUUUACAGCUUCAAGUGUAUUUUAUCUGGCCGGAUUUGCAGUUAUUUAAGAUUACAUAGAUUGCAUUCUGCCAUUCAGCGAUGGCAAGUGGCAAAGUACGUGCGAAGGUGGAUAAGGCGUCUGGGGACACGGUGAUGUACAAUGACGUGGCAGUACGGAGCAACUCUGCCGUCAUCGAGUACUGCCGCACCUCCAUGGCCGCGCUCGGAGGCUCCACGGCGGGAAUCCUCGGCUUCACCGGGCUCUACGGCUUCCUCUUCUUCCUGCUCUGCAACGUCACACUCUGGCUGCUUCUACUGUUGAAGGCUGGUAUCUCGUGGAACCGAUUCUUCGUCAGCCGCCGCUCGCUGCUCACCAGUGGCCUCUUCUCGGGAAUGUUCACUUACGUCCUGUUCUGGGUGUUCCUGUUCGGUAUGGUGCACGUGUACUGAGUGGACUCCGCGCAUAUGGUGCACAUGUACCCAGUGUGUAUGACGUGCGGUGAGCGUGUGCUGAGCGCGUUUGUGCCGGCUGUGGCUGAUCGCUGUUUCAGCCGAUCUCCGCAUGGUGGCGCCGUGCUCGCCAGAUGAAUGCUCUGCGCGCCGCCCGCCUCCUUGCGUUAUCAGGCUGCCAUAAAUUCAUUGGUGGCAUAACUGAUGCACUCUGGGUAGUGUACUGAAUGAGUUGUGUCACACUGGUUGCAUUAUGGGUGGGUAAAUGUGGGGUUCGGUGUGGAAUGUAUAUUAUGCGGCAACUGUGAAACAACAAUGGUUGAAGUGAAGAGGCUAGGUUGUAUGUGUGGUGUCGAUUUAUCGUGAUUAAAUUUAAUGAAAUGCCGCAGUAUGCCGUGUAUUCUUCACCAUGAAGCGUUGUUUUUUGUUUGUUUUCAACGAAAGUUUGUUAUACUGGUGUUAGGAAAAUAGUUCUCGAUUGUAUUUCACGGCCAUUUAUAUUAAACUUGCCAAUUGUCUUUGUUUUAUUGCUUUGUUGUUUUUGUUCGCUGAUUUAAUUAGCUGUCUAGCGUCCAUUUUUCCAGAGCAGGGUUGCGGCGCUCAUUUUCAACUUGUAUUCCUAAAGAUGUGUUAUCAAAUAAAAUAUUGAAUGCA